AUGGCAGAAGAACACCCUUCGUACGACAAGGCCAACCAUUUGAAAACUAACAAUCAUAACUGGGAGGCCCAGAGCAUUCGUGGAGUGGAGUCAGAGUAUCCGGAGAACGAUAAGCACGGGGUAGAUGAAGAUGAAGCCGAGGCAGCUGAGGGAUACCAGGUCGCCAGGCCCCACCAGGAACAGUCCGCAUCAAGUUCCUCAGGCUCAACCAUAUCUUCAUCCAUCGACAGUACAAGUACGACUAGCACAACCGCCGCUAUCAAAACCCCACCGAGCCCGACGAGCCCAGCAAUAGGAGACGCCUCUAGGCCCGGGGUCCGGUUCACCGACCGCGGACCACCCCGAACGUCGACCGGCCACCUCCCGGCGGUGCAUCGACGGUCCGGCUCCGGCGCUGGGGUGGGGGUGGUAGAAUGGGGUAUGCUGUUCGACGAGAACGGGUACGCGACUGCGCGGAGCAACCAGUUCCUGAGGGGCCUGGCGAAGUAUAUUAUCGAUGAUCUGGCGCCCGGAAGCAAUGACCUUGUCAUCACCCCCGAGAAGCUGUGCGCUCUCUACUCGAGAUAUAGGCUGAACCCGGAGAUUUACCCCUUUAUCGAAAUCCUCAACUCCCGAGCCAGGGACGUCCACGAGCGCCUCGCCGACUUCUUCACGGACCUGGACUGCCAGUACCACCUCGUGCCGCCGAACGCCUACUCGCGGCCGCGCGUGCCGGGCCUGACGCCCGCCGGCUUCGUCCGCUACUUCACCACGUGCGUCCUCGCGCACCCGGACGAGGAGUUCCGGCGGCUGGACAGGAUCGCCGCGGACGUGCAGCUCGUGGCCGAUGCCCCCGCCUACGCCUACGCCGACACUGGCACAGGAACGGGUAAAGGGGUGGGUACAGCCGAGCCGGAGAGGCUCCCCAGGCAGCUGUUCCGCAGCCAGUUCCCCGUCCGAAACGACCCGCGGUCUAAGAAGGUCCUCGCCGCCGCGCUUGACGACUUGAUGUACGAUCUCCGCCUUCUCGAGCCCGGCAGUCCCAGGUCCUCGCUGGCACUCAUGCCACCAUCAACACGACCACCAGCAUUGCCGCCGCCGCCGCAAGGUACCAAGGACCGGAGCAGUGCUAUCGUCCCGAUAAUCCGGCGGUACGUCUUCCCCGAGCGGAGAGGCGACGGAUAUAGCAGCAGCAAACACGCGGAGACGGGACGCUACAACGACGACGAGGAGGAGGAGGAGGAGGAGGAGGAGCGCAAAACGUACCGCGAUCGGGAGCAGAGUCGCUACUACAUCGGGAAACAGCUUAGCCGGUACCAGAUCGCGUCGUCGGGGAGUAACAGCAACCACAACCAUAACAACCACGCCUCCCAUCGCGCGCGAAGCCCACCGCCGCGCACAAGGCCGUUCCGCGCCUCCGCGCCGAAUAUCGUGAGUAGCAGCGGCAGCGGCAGCGGCAGCGGUAGCGGUAGCAGUUCCUUCCGGUCAGCGGGGUACUUACCUGCUCCCCCCGCUCCGGCUCCGGCAGCAUACUCACCGACGGACCACGCCCAACGAGCCAGCGGGAGGCGUCAGAGCAGCGGCGGGCGGAUCGAGGCGGUGCAUACCACCAGCACGACUGCUUCCGCUCCCGCUUUCCCGCCCCCGGGGGAGGUCCGGGAGCAGGAUGAGGAGCAGGAUGAGGAGAACACGGCGCUGGGAUCGACUGCCGGGGAAAAAAGGCGGCACCGCUACAGCGGUAGGCUACGGCGGUACAGCGCGACCGAAGAAAGAGAGAGAGGAAGAGGAAGACGGGACGGGGAGGAUGAUAAGGGCCCGACGUGGGCGGAGGUGUUGAGAGCGCCUAGUUCGGGGUUGGCUUUGGGCUCGUAUUCUCAGCCUCAGCCUCACGCUCAUCAACAUCACCAUCAACAACAUCACCAUCAUGAUCAUAGCCACCAUAGCCACCAUGGUCAUAAUCACGGUCACCACCACCACCACCAUAGAGCAGAAGGGAGUAGUAGUAAGGAAGGUGGGAAAAGCCAUCAUCAUCAUCAUGCCCGACACCACUCGAGCCAUUGA